AUGGCUAAUGGGGAUCUUCGGGCUUAUCUUACAAAGAACCGACCUUCUCCUCAGCUUCAACUUGCGUGGUUCUACCAGAUGUCUCGAACUCUUGCUUUUAUCCAUGAGAGAUGUGUACUCGUCGCAGAUAUCGCCAGCCGGAAUUUCCUUCUCGACUCCGCUCUAUCUCUUAAAUUCUGCGACUUCGCAGAAGCAUCUCUUCUUCCAUUAGAUUCUAAUAUGGAGACUGUAGAUGAUAAUGGAUUUACAACUCGAAUUGACAUCGGCCUUCUUGGAGCAGUCAUGUAUGAAAUUGUCACAGGCAAUGAGUGCGAAAUCGACCUUUUCAAAGAUAACUCACCUACCGAUGGUCGAGCUUAUUGGCCAGAAAGGAGGCAUCUACCAAUAACUCAAGAUGUUCCGUUUGGUUGGAUCAUUGAAGGCUGCUGGGACGGCACAUUUUGUACCGCCCAUCACCUUCUACGAGCAUUGGAUUCUGUCGACCUGCUCUGUCCGCCAAUCACUCCCUCACGCACUGCUUAA